AUGCUGGACAUUGACUACGCUCUACCUGCUUGUGAACUAUCGACGACAUACUCAUUCUAUCCGUAUUCACUUUCCUCUCGAUCCCACGUCCACUCUACAUUACUCACUCAAUCCGAGAAUAACUCCACGAGCUUGGACCCAAUGUCCGACGUGACAGAGAUUGCUGGACCAUCGAGCAGAGCUAUACUUGAGGAUGUCCGACAAUCUCACCAGCGAGCUGAGAGAAGAGCUUUGAUGGGCUGGAGACCUGCUGGAAUAGGUCUAGCUAAAGAAGAUGAUGAGGUCUGCAACGAGGAAGAUAUCUUGGAUCAUGACCAGCACGAUAUCAAUAUGUUCGGUCAUCGUUUCCUCUUACCGUUCGGACGUCGUCUAACACAGAUGGAAAUGGAUGCUGCUCCGUCCCCUUCUCCAUCAGAACAAGAUCAUGAAAGAAGACAAGAAGACCAUACGAUGGCAUCACCUGUGGUCGCAGCUGAACUGGCUGAGAUAGGCGAAGAAGAAGAACAAGACGGUCAAGUAGAUCUGGAUGCUAGUAUAGAGGAUUUAGACGAUAGCGCAGUUGUUGAUGACGGUAGCGUAGAAGAAGAGUAA